AGAGUCGAAAAUGUCGUUGAUUGAUACGGAAUAUUACCUUUAAGCCAUUUUCAGAGUUCAUUUUGUUGCGUGUGAUAGAUUAAAUUGACCGACACCGAAAUGAGACCGCAUAUAAAAAUGCUUUUUAGACGAGAACACGAGAAUGAGUUGUGUGCAUUCGAUUUACGGUGCGCGAUUUCAUAUAUACAAAUCCACUCCUACGCAACCCACUCACGAAUAAUCACAUCAAAUCCGAGAAUUAAGUCGUAAAAUUGAAUCAACUAAACAGACACAGAUUGAGAGUGUGCGGCCGAUAACAGCUAAAAUGUCACCGAACACACGAAUAACAGAGAUGCUAUCACGUCUAACUUACUUUUGGAUGAAAAGAGUGGAAAAAAGGCGAUAUUUUCUAAAGUGGCAUUUAUCACAAGCCCAGUAAUUAAAAGUUAUUAAUAUCCAUUUGCAUAUUCACGCGCGCGCUUGAUAUGGCAAUAAUAAAUCGAUUAAAUCCAUCACUUGCUCGUGUUCAUAUAAUGUCGAAGUUGAUGGAUUUAAAAGCGGUCAAAGUUAACACCACCAUCGAUGCUCUCCAUCGCUUGCCCGAUGACAACGUGAGAUUUAACGAAAGUAAAACAAAACGCGCACACCGACAGCACAUACGCAUAAACAAAAUGAACGAAUUGGAAAAAAAGGGGAGACGUUUUUGAAUUAUGAAUGAUCGCAUCCGACUCAUUCAAGUAGUAAAAAUAAAAAUGACUCGAGCAAAACAGAAACGAGGAAGAGAGUGAGAACUGCUUUUUUUUCCCUUCUGUUUUGUUCAGUGCGGCUGCGAAAUUGAGAUGGAUUUGAAUGUGGCGCGCGGUGAGUGUACGUGCAUUGAGACUUGAGACACACUCUCUUUUUUUAUUUCUUCUUCGUUCGCCUCUCUCAUUCUUCUCUCUAUCUCUCCUGAGGCAAAGCGAAAGAACGACACGCGGUGUGCACGAAGCGUAUAUGUAGCGCGCUCCUGAGACGUUAACGUUUGCGCGUAAAAGCCUUUUCAUAUAAAACUAAAAAUCACCGCAACACAAGCAGCUAGUUCGAUUUAAGCCAGCACAGCGAUCGUUACAAAGUGAGGGCCAAACGCGAGCAAACGCAUUACGACAGCGAAAUAAAAAAAAAUAUCAACAAAUUUGCUUGAUAAAAUACGUUUUAAUUUAUUGAAUGUGGCGCAAAUGAAACGAAAUUCACGGAGAAUCGUGUAAUAAACUAAAAUCGAAUGUGUACAGUGCGAUAAUUCGUAACCUUUUUGAUAUUCGGCGAAUUUUUGCGAAAGCCACCAACUUGAUAAAAAGUUGUUUGCAUCGAAACAGUGCUGAUAAAGUGGAAAAAUACAAUUGACAAACAAUUCGUUGAAAACGCUGAAUUCAUAUUUAUGUUCAAUACAAAAUAAAACUGUUUUGUUUCUUGUUUCCUCUGCAAUUUUGUGGGAAAAGUGUCAUUUCAUGUAGCAUUACUGAGAAUUAAGCCCGGAAAUUUGUGAAAUCAAAUCCAGAAAACUUGUUGUAUGCUGACACUCUGUAUUUUGAGACCAAGUAAAGUGCUAACGAAAAGUAUUACAGUUACUGAGCCGAAUCAACGUUGCAACGGCCUGUGAAACGGAUUUUCUUUCACACACACACACAAACACACACUCACGCGCACAUAGACUCCACAUUUUGUUUUUAUCUGAUUAGAAACGAAAAGAUCGACCGAAAACAACAAGUGUCUUUGUACAAGGGAAUUGAAAUAGACGAAAAAACAAAAAUUUUGUACAGAGCCAGCGUAAAAAUGAUGAUGCGACAGUUGCUUGGAGUGACGGUGCUGGCAACGAUUGCCAUAAUGCUGAUGCAGAUCCAGACAUCCACAGCUUGCAUGUGCAUGCCAAGACACUCACAAUCGUGGUACUGUAAUUCAGAUUACGUGAUACUGGCGAGAGUAUUGCGAAAAUCGAAUCGAAUAAUCAACCACAACGAUGUCUACAAGAUUGAAGUGAAGAAAGCGUAUAAGAAAUCAUCACAAACGGACAAUUUCUUGCGUGAGGGGCGUCUGCUUACGCCCGGUUCGGAUGGGCUGUGUGGCGGCUUGAGCUUGAAAGUUGGCAAACUCUAUUUGAUUGCUGGUAAUUCACAGCAUAUUAACAUUUGUAACUACGUUAAAGAGUAUUCCCAAAUGACCAUCGUCGAGAGACGUGGCUUCGCCGGUGGCUACAAAAAAGGAUGCGCAUGUGAAAUCAAACCAAUGUUCCAAAUGGAGGGCUUCCACCAGUCGAUUGGUGCUUGCAAUUGGCGUCCGUUCACAAAAUGUGAAACAGAUUACGGUGCCUGUGUUCCAGCACGUGGCCACUACACACCCGAAGGAAAACCACUUAAAUGCCACUGGCGACCAAGUCAACCGUACAACACCUGCAAAGCUCGACAGGCCCAACGACAAGAUGAACUUUUUUAAAUAACAAAAAAAACUAUUUCACUUUUAGUCAAAACCAUUCACUUGAUUAUUUACAACUAUUUCUCACCAGUUCUAUAGUUAAUUUCUUCGAUGUUUUUUUUUUCUAUUUAAAAUGAAGUAAUAACUGUGUUUCGUGUAAAGAUGAAUAAAUUUAUGGUUAGCACGUAGUUAAAGUACUUAACACACUCAAAAUCAAAUUCUCAAAUUGAACUGAAGCUUCUCCGUUUAUAUUUAUAUAACUUGUAGCCCGUAGCAUUAGGAUCAGUACAAAUAUAAGAACAAAAUAGUGGAGGCUUGAAAUUUUUAUCUCUUUGCUUGGAUAGCCAAACAAGAUUUUGAAUAUGUUUUCUAUUUGUAUUUUUUUUCUCAUUCAAAUCUCUACAGAAGAAAUAUUUACUGCAAACAUUUUCUAACAGCUGUUCAGGCAUUUAGAAAUGUAGCGAGUAGCAUGCUAUAGAGUCGUUUGUUUGCUCAGUUGAUGUUUUAAUGGUAAUCCUGUUCGAAAAGUUCCCAAUGGGAACAUAAAUAUCAUGAAAUUUGAGAAGAAAAACAAAGUUUACUAGCGAAAUGUUUUCAUUUCGGUCAAGAAUGGAUCGAUACUAUUCGAGAUGCAUAGCACUAACAGAAACAAAGGUUUCACUAUCGUAAAUGACUUGCUUAUGUUUUACCAUUACAAUGUAUGAUGCAUGCUGAACGCAACAUCAAUCCGGAAGUUCAAAAACAAAAUCACAUUCGAAAACUUUAGCUUAGCAUUUGAACUAAAUUCAAAACAAUGUCAAAAGUCAAAUUCGUCAGAUUCCCGAAGAGUCGUUUUAAAGUGGAAUUUAAUGCAUAUCAAAGAAGAUUGUGUAUGUGUUUCACUCACCAAUUCCCGAGCAUUUGGGAAAAAUGUUUGUUCGAUCAGCGGGAAGUUGUCUUUUCCAAGGCGCCGUUGUAGUUGCAACAAAUGAGCGAAUACCCAUGGCUUUUCCUAUAUUGAACAAUGAAUUUUCGUAAUCAAAUUAUUUCUCCAGUUUUCUUCAACAAAUAACCAUUUCUUUACAAAAUUGUUUAUUCUCAUUUUAAAAUGAGAUUUUUUUUUUGUAACAAAUACUGGAAAUAAAUUCGGAUUAUUUAGGUU